AUGGCUACAGUAAAUGAAUCAAGUGUAUGUUCAAUCUGCAAUAAACCUUCAAUUAAAUAUUUUUGCAUUCGAUGUAAACAACAUUUUUGUCCAAAAGAUUUCAAAGAACAUGAACAACAGCUAUCAAUAAAAUUCGAUAAUGAAAUAGUUAGAUCUCACGAUGAACUUCUUAAUCAAAUACAAAAAUUAGAAAAAUCAGAUAUUUUCUUAUCUGAUAUUUUUGCUCAAAUUAAUGAAUGGAAAAUAACAACAAUCAAUAAAGUAGAAAAAGCAGCAGGAAAAGCUCAUCAUGAACUUAUCGAACUAAUCGAUAAACAAAAAAUCAAAGUAACAAAACAACUUGAAGCAAUUGCAAAAGAAAUUCGUUGUUGUCGAGAAGAAGAAAAUUUUCUCGAAAAUGAUAUUGAUCGACUAAAACAAAAACUCAAUGAAAUUCAACAAACAUUUAGACAAUUAAUUCAAAAAGAUACAAAUAAAAGCAUCAUUGUUAAUAAUGAUCAAAUUGAUUGGAAUCGACUAAUCUACAUUCGAGAAGAACAACAAAACUGCAACAUCACGUGUCUCAAUCCAUGUAAAUCAUCAAUUUCAUAUCCGCAACGGCAAAUUGGUUAUUUACCACAACAAUGGUAUAAAAAUCCUUCAAAACAACACUCAUAUCGAAACCUGUUUGGUCUAUAUGCUCUACAACAGCAACGAUAUCAAAGCUCUCACGGUUCUAAUCCUCAACAACCUCAAGCUAGUGGAAAUAAUGCAAAUAGAUAUGAAUCACCAGCUAUAAAUGAUCGUCUUCAAGCAAUAGCUACUCGAUAUGAAAUAAAUGAUACACUCACUCAACGU